AGGUCACAACCUGCCAUUAAAACAGAAGGGAAAGGUUUCAACUCAAGAUCUCAUGCCACGAGUGGAAUUAAGAUCUUGGAUGAAUGCAGCAGUUCAUGCCACACUGAGGACCGAGAAGCGCAAAACCCUAUAUCUCCCCCUCUCCCUCCCCCUUCAGGUCAGUCAUACCCAUCGUCAAUCCCCUCUGUUCCAGCCAAGUCGAUCUUUUUUGGAGUCGAUAGCUAGAAUCGAGCUUGUAAUCUUAUCUGAUGUUGUUCUUGUUAUUAACCUUUGGAACUCUUCUUCAGAAGAAAAAGAAGAUGAGAACUGUUAAAGCUGCUUGAUUAUGCCAUAUCUUUGUGUACCUUACUGCUUUGAGCGAAGGAAACUUGGAUUUGCUUGUAUCAUGUAAUUUUCCUACAGCUAACUGGACCGAUUGUGUCUGAUAACAAUAUUAAGGUCGAGCUUUCUGAGUGAUCGAAUUGGGUAUGGAUGCCACACUCCUUUUUUUCCUGAAAAUGUGGAUUCUGGGGAUUUUGAUGUCCUUCAGCAUUACCUCCUCCUACUCGCAUCCACCUUACAGAGCUGAACAGGUUGUGGCUGCCGCCGUAGAAGACCCUUUCGAACCCCAUGACCAUACUCGAUUCCCUGAGGUCAAGAAACAUUGUAGGUCUUUCCUGUCGUCAGGUCACAAUUUGCAGUUGGAUGUCAACAGGGCCAAUAGCCUCAAACAGGAGUUGUCGUUUGCCAGGGGAGACUGGAGGCAGGCCUCCGGUGAGGCCCCUCUUAUGCCGUUUGACACGAGUGAUGCUGCACAAAAUGUUUCGAACCUUCCUGAUCCCUUGCGUCUUGUUACCUUCGCUUUGAACCAUGUCGAUCUAAACCGCAAUUUUCAUAGUUCACUCAAUGUCAGUGGAGCUUUGGGUUUAGGGAUAUCCAGGAAUGGUACCGCUCCGGAAGCGGUUCGGUAUCAGUUCCCAGAAUUCCAGUUUUGGCCAGGGAGUUCGCAACUCAGGAUUCUUUUUGAAGGUGUUUACACUGAGUCGGAGGAGAAUGGUGGAGAGAGGGUGUUGUGUCUGUUGGGAAGUGCUUUGCUCCCUUCCCGUGAGGCAGAUUCCGCCAACCCAUGGGAAUGGGUGAAAGAUUCAGGUUUGAACAAGUACCAGCAUCCGCUUUUGCAAGACGACCAGAUUUUGCUUGUUCUUCGCUACCCCAAGGCCUUCACCUUGACAAGUAGAGCUGUCCGUGGUGAAAUGAAGAGUUUGAACAGGCAAUCGAGCCCUAGAUACUUUGAUAAGAUUCAGUUGUCUUCCCAGCUUGGUCCUUACUCAAAUUAUGAGUUUGGAUCAGAAGAGCAUGUUUCAAAGUCAUGCACUCCAUACCCUUAUAGAGAUGACAUAAUAGGUAGCCAAUUUGAGGUCUAUAGAGGAUCUGGGUUCUGUGGAAUUCUUGAUCAGUUUGCCUCUGGUGAGAUACUCAACAUUGUGCCGAAUUGGAACUGUAAUUCAACUGAUGAGUACUGCAGUACAUUGGGGCCUUUUGCAUCAGAGAAGGAAAUCAAUGCAACCGAUGGUGGGUUUGCCAAUGUUGGGCUUAUGAUGCAAGAUAUUAGGUGUGAGCCAAGAAUUGGUACGAAUAACUUGAGCUAUGCAAGAGUGUCUGCAGUGUUUAGAGCCAUUCCUCCAUGGGAGAAUCAGUACAUGGUGGCACAGAGAACAGGUCUCAAUGGUCUGACUCUUACAGCGGAGGGAAUAUGGAAUUCUUCUGCUGGACAACUCUGCAUGGUUGGGUGUCUCGGGCUUGGUAAUGGAGGAUGCCACUCUCGCAUUUGCUUAUAUGUCCCAACAUCCUUCUCCAUUAGCCAACGCAAUAUCAUAUAUGGGAGAAUAACCAGCGUCAAUAAUACAAAGGGUGUCUUGCAUUUUCCCUUGUCAUUUGAAAAGCCUGUGCACCCACUGGAACUGUGGAAUAAAAUGAGUAGCAAUCCUUUUACUACGUACAAGUACUCGAAGAUCAAGCUUGCUGGUGCUUUUCUUGAGAAAAGUGAACCCUUUGAUUUCAGUACUAUUAUAAAAAAAUCACUCCUAAGCUAUCCAAGAAAAGGGGAUGAUGGUGAUGACAUGAUAAAUCUUUCCAAUCUUGCAGAUGAUCUCACUCUUCAUGUGCCAGCAGUGCCAGAGCCAAUACCCAAAGUUCGUAUAGAGAGGCCAUUCCUUCGGAUGGAAGUCCUUUCUCUUGGAUCACUGUUUGGCCAUUACUGGGCAUUUUCUAAUGUAUCAUUCGCAAGAAGCCAGAAUCUCCAACCUUCUAAAUCUAUCUCCACUGAGCAGCAGCUGCUUCUGAAUGUAUCGGCAGAGCUGACAGUCUCGGGGAAUCUUUACACCAAUGUUUCAGUUCUCUACUUGGAGGGCAUUUAUAACCCCAUUGAUGGAAGAAUGUAUUUAAUAGGCUGUAGAGAUGUACGUGCUUCAUGGAAAAUCCUGUUUGAGAGCAUGGAUCUUGAAGGUGGAUUAGAUUGUUUAGUUGAAGUAAAAGUAGAGUACCCACCAACAACCGCACGGUGGCUAAUGAAUCCAACAGCAAAGUUCUCUAUUAAUAGUCAAAGAAAUGAUGAUGAUCCUCUACAUUUUAGCCCAAUCAAGCUCCAGACACUUCCUAUUUUAUACCGGGGGCAACGUGAAGACAUACUUUCCAGAAGAGGUGUUGAGGGAAUUCUACGGAUUCUUACAUUAUCAAUGGCAAUCUUUUCUAUUUUAAGUCAACUCUUCUACAUCAGAGACAAUGGUGGUGUUGUUCCUUACAUAUCUCUUGUCAUGCUUGGUGUCCAGGCACUAGGUUAUAGCAUUCCUCUGAUAACCGGAGCUGAGGCAUUGUUUGCAAGAUUCUCAUCCGAAUUUUAUGAGAACCCAUCAUAUACGCUUGAAAAGAAUCAAUGGUUCCAGAUCAUUGACUACAUGGUGAAGAUUCUUGUGCUGAGUGCUUUCUUACUCACCUUAAGUCUUGGUCAGAAGGUAGUGAAAUCUCGUAUCAGAUUACUCACACGGGCCCCACUGGAACCAGGACGAGUCCCAAGUGAUAAAAGGGUACUUCUUAUAAGUUUCGGCAUCCAUGCAAUUGGUUUUCUGGGAGUUCUUAUAGUGCAUUUUGUUAAUGCCUCUCGGAGACCUGUUUACCAGGAGGAAUACUUGGACCUGAGAGGGAAUAGCCAUAAAGUGCAUGAAUGGGGAAAUCAACUAGAGGAGUACGUAGGUCUCAUUCAAGAUUUCUUUUUGCUUCCUCAAAUCAUUGGUAACUUUUUAUGGCAAAUUGAUUGCAAACCACUGAAGAAAACCUACUACAUUGGAAUGACAGUGGUUAGGCUUCUUCCACAUGUUUAUGAUUUUAUAAGGGCUCCAGUUUUCAACCCAUACUUCUCAGAGCAGUAUGAAUUUGUGAACCCAAGCUUAGACUUCUAUUCUAAGUUUGGGGAUAUUGCAAUUCCAGUGACUGCAGCUGUUUUUGUUGUUGUGGUGUAUGUUCAGCAGAGAUGGAACUAUGACAAACUAAGUCAGACACUGAGAUCAGGGCAGAAAAGACUUCUUCCUUUGAGUUCCAGGGUCUAUGAGAGGCUGCCCUCAGUGUCAUUUGAAGCAGAACUUGUUUCUGGUGUCAAUGAAACUGAAACACAGGGAAAUUUGGACAAGGAGGAAACAUAAUGGACACUUGGGAAUGUGUUUCCUGAUAUGCUAUCUAGGUAAAAAGAUGCACUCAUAUUGCAAGAUUGCCUAAAGAUUUUCUUACCAUUGGAUCAGCACCACUACUAUUAUGCAUGGGUUGGUUUUUCUUUUUCUUACUUUUUUUAAAUCUGUUUUAUUAUGGCUAACAUCUCCUAUUUAUGUUAUGAUUAUCAGGAUUUUGAAACAUGAAAUUAUCUCGUUACUUCUGGAAACUGACUA